GUUCACGUUCUUGGAAGUCAGCAAGAGAGAGCCGGCAGUGAAGAGGCAGGGGUGUACUUUGGAUGUCUACGCACCGAAGGAAAGAUCAAAUCAUGUUGAGCCGAUUGAAGAAGCAUUUCCAAUGUUUUUUUUGCGGAAUUGUUGAGCCAGCACCUGCUGGGACCCCUGAGCACCCUGAGAUUCGGAUUGUCCUCCUUAGGAGUCCGGGAGCUGGGGAAAGUGCAGCAGGAAACAUCAUUCUCGCCCAGGAGGCUUUCGGACUUGGCCCCGCAGCAAAACCUUGUCAGCUGGGAAUCAUGGAAAAGGAGGGGAGGCGGAUUGUCCUCAUUGACGUGCCCACGACUUUUGAGCUCCGUGCGGACGAGGCCCCGCUUUCCCCCGAGGUCACGCGCUGCCUGCGCCUCUGCAGACCAGGCCCGCAUGCUCUGGUGCUGGUGACCCAGUUGGACCACUUUGGCGAGGCCAUCCAGAGAGCAAUGGGAUGGAGCACGAAGGUCUUUGGCCAGGAAGCCAGCGAGGGCACCAUCAUCGUCUUCACUGGAACAGAAGGUUUAGGCGGCAGAACCUUGGAGGAGUAUCUGUUGCAUCCGGAAAACAAAGGCCUCUGGGAGACGAUCCAGGGGUUGAAGCUUCAAUACUGUGCAUUUAGUGGUAAAGAGUUGCGAGAAGAGGAGCUGCUCUCGAAAGUUGAGGAGAUGGUGCAGAAGAAUCAGGACAGGCCUCUCUGCAUCCUUGGAAGACAGGAUACAGAUGUGGAAGAAAAGCAAGAGGGCUCCCAUGCAGAUACACCAAAAGUGGAAGAGACACAAGGGGCCAUGGAAGUUCCAGAAAAGGAGAGCUCAAAGGCAGGAGGAGGAGGAGGAGGAGGAGGAGGAGGAGGCGGCGCCCGCCCUGAAGGCAUCCGCAGCAGCAGAAGCCACCAGACGCAAGGGCAGCAGGGGAGGCAGUAG